UCCUCCACACACACACAUACACACACACAAACGCAGAGGGAGGACAUGGUGUAGGGUGCUGAGCCACUGAGAGGUCUCUUACAGGAGUUGAAGAGAACUGAAAUCAUCAGGGCACGGACCUUAGCCAAAUGAAGCACUGAAAAUCGCUUGAUUCUUUGGAUUAGGAGCUCACUCACUUAAAGCUGACCUUGGAAAACGGAAAGGAGUAAAGUCGGGUCGUUUGACGAAGAGACCUGCAAAGCUUCAUUAUGGCCAUCCCAAAUGAGCUAUCUCUCUUCAACACCUCUUCCUCACCUCAUUUCCCCACAGAGCUCCCGGGCUACCUGAACACCUCCAUGUCGCCCUCUGCUCCCCUCUGCCCUGACUGGCCUAAUCUACCGCAGGCGACCCUUAUCCCCUCCCUCUACAGCAUAAUAUCUGUCCUGGGCACCGUGGCCAAUGCCCUGGCUGUUUUUGUGUUGGCCCAUGGCAGUGGAGCGAGGAGAACAGUAGCUAACACUUUCAUGCUGAACCUGUGCGUGUCUGACCUGCUGUUCCUGCUUUCUCUCCCAAUGUGGGCUGUGUACUACUCAACAGGCUAUCACUGGCCCUUUGGUCGGCUGGCCUGUAAAAUCUGUGGAGGACUCCUCCACUUCAAUGUCUAUGCAUCUAUCUACUUCAUCACAUGCAUGAGCAUGGACCGCUACCUGGCCAUUGUGCAUCCGCUCCGCUCCCAAAGUGCACGGGACCCCAGAAAUGCAAGGCUCACAUGUGCUCUGGUGUGGGUGCUGGCAUGUGCAUGCACAGCACCCACUCUGGCUCUAAGGGACACCCACUAUAUAUCGGAGCUUGGGGUGGAGGCCUGUGUGAUUCACUAUCCCAGUCAUGAGUGGUUUCUGGCCCUAGCCUUGAUGAAGAUCAUUUUAGGCUUCUUGCUGCCUCUGCUUGUCAUCUCCUCUUGCUACUGGGUGAUAGGCAGACAUCUGCUGACCACUACAGAAAUGGGAGGAAUGCACAAGCCCUUGGAGCCCUCAAACCUACACUCUUUCCCAGGCAGUAAAUCAGUGGAGUCCCAGGAGAGCUGUAGCAAACCAGAAAGACCCCCUACCCCCUGUGUGAACCCCAGCUCCAGUGGGGGAAGACCCCUGCAGGGCCGCGGGCUGGAAAGAGUGCUGUGGACGGUAGCUGCUGUGGUCCUGGCCUUCUUCCUGUGUUGGUUCCCCUUCUACUGUGUGACCUUCUUGGAUGUGCUGAAGAGCGAGCACUGGAUCGACGGCUGUUGGGUAGAGUGGGCCAUUUCCACUCUCACACCUCUCACCCUCUGCUUGGGCUUUUCCAACUCAGCCAUCAACCCUGUGCUCUACUGCUUCAUUGGGAACCACUUCCGGGGCCGCCUGGGGGACCUCUGCAAGGGUCUGUGUGCAUGUCUGAAGGCCCGUGGUGAGGCGCACCACCAGAAGAGAGGCUCCUUCAGCACCAGGCUCAGCUCCUUCUCCCGGAAACUCAGUGACCUGAAGGACUUGGCAAUUGUGGAGGCCUCUGGAACUGCUUAGGAGGCUACAGAAAAAGAAAACCUCCACUCCAGUUUCUCUCCAUUGACUUAAUACUGCCAAAGAAUGAUCCCAGCUUUAAGUGACUGCUGAAGGCUAAUAACCAUGGCUGUGUGAGACUGAGGUGUUAUAAAUGACUGACUUGGUCAAAUUCCUGCACAGCACACCGGGCCACAAAUAUGUUGUUUCUUUGAAAUAUUAUGAUCGUAAUGAUGUAACUUUUAAAAAAAUAUAUCUUUGUGUAAAGUCUGGCUAUAGGACAAUGAAUAUCGCUCCAGUUCUAUUGCAGUUUGUACAUCUGUGAUUGAAUGAGAAAUA